AUGAGACCGACGAUUCCACGCCAAUUGCGCCUGAAAAAGACCGUCUGGCGCAUUCCAUCGACGAAGCCUUCGCCCAGGACCACCGCAGCACCGGAACAGACGGCGCUCCGCGCAGCAUACUAUCGCGGCGGCACUUCGCGCGCCGUCAUCCUACAACCGCAGGACCUACCUAGCAAUCACGCAACAUGGAAAGGCCUAUUUCGACAGGUUCUGGGAACUGUUGGACUGGGAGAGGCAUACGGAAAGCAAUUGCACCGCCUCGUCAAAAACACAGCGAGCUUGGGCAAGAUCUGUUUGGUUGAACCGUACCUCACGACGAAGGAAGAUGAAACGACGAACCCUCAUAUAGACUACACCUUUGUGAGUAUGGAUACUAAGUAUGGACACCUCGACGUAGAAGGCAACUGCGGGAAUAUGCUUAGUGCCGUCGGCCCAUACGCAUACAAUGCACGGCUGCUCCCCUCCGAUGUCUACGCGAUAAAAGAUGGUGAUGUUACCAUCACCAUACGAAACACGAAUACAAUGCAGCUGGUCCAGUGCACCUUUGCUGUCAUUGGAGGUCAAGCUGCUGUGACGGGCAGCUAUGUUGUCGAUGGUGUUAAUGGGAAAGGAUCUAAGAUCAGUCUGGCUUUCCAGGAUCCUCUUCGCAGUACCACUGGCAAAACCUUUCCUACAGGAAAUCGUGUCGACGUUAUUGAAGGAUUUAAAGUCACCUGCGUGGACGGCGCAGUGCCAGUCGUAUUCGUCCGCGCAGACACCAUCGGUGUACCAGGCACCAUCUUGCCGCACGAGCUUAAAGCGCAAGGAGACAAAUUGGAUCUCUUCGAGAACAUUCGUAGGGCUGCUGCGGUAGACAUGGGCAUUGCACACUCCAAGCAGGCGGUUCCACGCACCAUCCCAAAGAUUGCCAUCGUAUCGCAGAGCUCCCAGCAUGACACCGUGUCGGGUGCGACUUUGAAACCCUCGCAAAUGGACAUCAUAGUUCGCUUUAUCUCUGAUAACGAACCACAUUCGGCUAUACCGUUGACAGGAGCUCUCACAACCGCAGUGGCGGCGCGAAUGCCGGGCACUAUUGUUGAGCAGCUGCUUGCGCCUGAAGAGGUCAUGCCUGGUACUGUCACCAUUGCACAUCCAAGCGGAAGAGCUCAUGUCAAACUCGACUAUAAUACCGAAACGAAACCGCCGAAGUGGGUGGCGAGUGUGUCCACAACCGCGCAACGGCUUUUCGAGGGCAAGGCGUUCUGGACCAAAUCAUCCCAAGACGCAAAAGAAGACACGGUGCCGGAGUCUGAUAUCACGCGGCACGCCCGCGGCCUGGCAUUCGUCAGUGAUUCCCGCUCAUCUGAGUCACCAGCAAGCCUGAUCGAACGCUUCUACAAGGGAGGACUCAACACGACCACCGAAUUCUCUUCCACCCUGACCGGCCAAUCAAAGGACCCCCCGCAACCACCAUCGCCAUCCAUAAAACCAGAUCUUCAACUGAUCACCCCCUCCCCGACACGCGACACAACCCACCUGCUCCGUGAACUCUCCACCCUCCGUACCUCCCUCAGCCACUUCACCACCCUCUACCCCUCCCCUUCCUCACUCGGCAUCAAAUCCUCCACGCGCACGCCCUCAACCAUCUCCCACCACCUCUCCGCCAUCGCUUCACACAUCAGUAUCCUGACUUCAUCCCUCAAACAUAUACCCCGGCCUCCGCGCACGGUCACCCCAGACCGCCAAAAAGGUGAGCAGUGGCGUCACUGGGCGAAGACAUUUAGUCAGUGGGAUGAGAUAAAGUCAUUGCGAGAAGCGGAAAAGAAAAUUGACCGGAGGCAGAGGAAGAAGGGGAGGUGGGAGAGGUGGAGGGAUAGCGAGUUGAACGCGUUGACUAGGCGGGCGAGGCCGGUCGUCAUGGGGAAAUGGAGGAGGAAGUUGCUGCAAGAGAGGGAUAUAGGAGGUAAAGACUGGGAGAAAACGAAGGAUAAGAGCUGGGAGAAGGCGCUUGAGGGUCUUGGUGGGCAGAGGGACGGAGGCGCUGGGACGAGAAGAAAGAACUGGACUGACGUGAAGGGCGGUAAAACCGUCUCAGCCACAGACCAAGACGGUGGUGUGCCCCAAGCAGACGGCCUGAUCUCUCCCAAGCGCGACGACGCCUCCAAAUCGCUACAAACAUCCAACAUCAUUCUCCGUGAAUCUAAGACUUUGGAUGCAACCCAAGAAUCAACCCCUAAGACGACGAAAGACACUUCUGCUACCGAGCCCGAACCUGCGCACAUCCCUGCGCAGCACCCACAGAUACUUAAAUGGCCCUCCUUCAGGGACAGGCCAAGUUGA